AUGGUGGAGAUCGGCGCCAUUCUCGAGAAGGACGAUGCCGCCGAAGCAGAGACUGCAAGCAAGCGUCGCAUCGCCGAGGCAAUGAGCCGCUCGCGGCCUUCGUCGAAGCGCGAGCGCACACUCGCUUCGUCCGGGCAGCAGCAACAGGUGCAAGCUGCAAGGGAGUCCAUGAGCGCCAGCGCCGGGCGCCGCCGCGCCUCCAAGCCGCUGCCCCCGGGCGACCAGUUCGACCGGCACGCGCCCAUGGCCGUGGCCGUGGCGUACCCGGCGCCGCUGCCCUCGGGGCCGCCGCCCUCGAGCCACCAGAGCCCCUUCGAGAAGCUCAAUACACUUAAACUUCUCCUCGAUUGCGGCCACCUAACCGCCGACGAGUACCAAGAGCGCAAGACGCAAAUUAUCAAUGAGAUGACCGGCACCUCCACCGAGAGGAAGAAGCCCUCUCCCAGGUCCCGGAGAUCCGGAGCAAAUGGCGGCAACCCGGCCCCUCCGCCGCCACUUCAACCUCUGCUCAAGACGGUGGUGCCCCAUGGGCCUCCGGACUUCUCGAGGAUCCGACGAGAGCGGGCGGACAAGUUCAGCUUCGAUGUGGACACGCUCGAGUGGCAUUCCACACCUGUGAGGGUCAAGUUGGACCUGGUGCCAUUUGCCACGGGGCAACUGCGAAAUGCCUACUACUUGCAGGAACUUGGAGCGGAUGGCAGUCCAUCCAGAUUAUUGGUGGCAAAAGUGAGUCUACGUCCUGCGGAACCAAGCACCUAUCUCAGUGACGUGGAGAUGCAAGCGUUGAGGGAUCGGGAACGAGGGACACUGGUUUGCUCCGUGGAGGAGUUCCUACCCGGAGCCUACGUCAAGUACAGCAACAACAGUGGCUAUGUGGGUCGGGAGACCAGCACCACCGAGGAGCGAGAACGCAACACGCCACAAGCUUUUUCCCACUUUUCCUUCGUCGCGUCGGAUUUCCGGCUGAUGAUUGUCGACAUUCAAGGCGUUGCCGACAGCUACACGGACCCUCAGAUCCACUCUGCAGACGGACGGGGGUUCGGCGUGGGGAAUCUCGGCACUUUCGGGAUGGAGAAGUUUCUCGAAAGCCACAGGUGCAACGAGGUCUGUCGGUGGCUCGGACUUCGCAGUAUCAAUGAACAGUACAAACCGGGUGGGACGGCCGCACCGGGGUACGAGAUGCCGUUCGGAGGGGCGAUCAAGAAGUCGACGAACAGGAUCACGGAGGAGCGGAACACCUUCUCAACGUCAGUCACAGUCAGUGAAGCCUUUGGGGACACAGCUACUGCAGAUUGGACCGAGCGGGAGGACUCGCGACUCGAAAGCGGGGACGAAGAUGACGACGAUGAAGACGAGGAGGACGAAGAGGACCCCGGCGAACACUCGGACUCGACCUCGCACGCUACAGACUCGUCGCCGGCCAUGUCGGGGCUGCAUCCAAGGUACCCCAAGUCGAAGCGGCAAAAGCGGUUCUUCACUCCCGCAGCAUCUUCACGCGGUCGUGGUAGUGGAGGGAGAUCAUCUGCCAGGUCGAAGGAGCGUGAGUUUGGCCGCCGGUUCCGUCACCCGACACAUCUCAGCAAAAGCGCCACGGGGAGUCCUGGUGGGGCUGGUAGUGGGCUGUGGACUUGCGUGGUGCGGAACUUAUUCUGUGGGUGUGGAUGA